ACUCCUCCCACAUGUCAUAGACAUUUAUAUAGGCAGUGGGGCAUUGAUUUCCUGUUAUUCCUCUGAAGGCAGAAGUAAUAAGCAGAGUGUGCUUGGCCAGAAGAGUGAAAGGCCAUGGAUCCCAAACAUCAGCGUGUGACAUUAAAUGAUGGUCACUCCAUUCCUGUACUGGGAUUUGGAACCUAUGCACCUGAUGAGGUUCCAAAGAGUGAAGCUGGGGAGGCCGCCAAAAUAGCUAUAGAUGUUGGUUUCCGCCAUAUUGAUACUGCUCAUGCAUACCAAAAUGAAGAGGAAGUAGGCCUUGCCAUCCGAAGCAAGAUUGCAGAUGGCACUGUGAAGAGAGAAGAUGUAUUCUGCACAACAAAGCUUUGGUGCACUUUUUUUCGACCAGAGCUGGUCCGAAAAGGCUUGGAACAGUCACUGAGAAAACUUCAACUGGAUUAUGUUGAUCUGUACCUUAUGCAUUAUCCAAUAGCAAUGAAGCCUGGGGAGGAGAUGUUCCCAACAGAUGAACAUGGGAAAACAAUAUCUGACACAGUGGAUAUCUGUGCAACAUGGGAGGCCAUGGAAAAGUGCAAGGAUGCAGGACUGGCCAAGUCCAUUGGAGUGUCCAACUUCAACCACAAGCAGUUGGAGAAAAUUCUGAACAAGCCAGGGCUUAAGUACAAGCCUGUCUGCAACCAGGUGGAAUGUCAUCCCUAUCUCAACCAGAGCAAACUGCUGGAUUUCUGCAAGUCCAAAGACAUUGUUCUGGUUGCCUACAGUGCUCUGGGAUCAAGUCGAGAUCCAAAAUGGGUGGACCAGAGCUCACCAGUUCUCCUGGAAGAUCCAGUGAUUGGUGCCUUGGCAAAAAAGCACAAGCAAAGUCCAGCUCUGAUUGCCCUUCGCUACCAGCUGCAGCGUGGGGUUGUGGUCCUGGCCAAGAGUUUCAUUGAGAGGGAGAUCAAAGAGAACAUUAAGGUAUUUGGAUUUCAGUUGUCUUCAGAGGACAUGAAAGCUCUAGAUGGCCUGAACCAAAACCUUCGAUAUUGUCCUGCUCAUUUUUAUAUUGGACACCCACAUUACCCAUUUUCUGAUGAAUAUUAACAUGAAGAACUUUCUCAUGACUUCUGCUACAAGCUCCUGCAAGUGCAUCAUGGUGUAGGAGACAUCUCAGAUGCUGGUGACUGGGCAGCUCUCUUCUGGCUAAUCUACACUGCUUAGCAAUCACACUCAGCUGGAGCUAUAUCCA